AUGUUGUCUUCUUUCAUAACCUGCGUCAUCCCUCUGCUGGUGAUAUCAACGCCAGCAGCAGCUGCGACUAGCCAGUUCCAGAUUCAAUCUGCUGGGAACACGACAGUGUCUUCAUAUCGCAAUGCCGUUUACUUUACGAACUGGGGUAUCUACGGUGCCAACUUCCAGCCUCAACAGCUUCCUGCUUCACAAAUAACCCACGUGCUAUAUUCUUUCGCAGAUAUCAAACCAGACGGGCAGGUGGCACUGACACCUAGCAGAGUAUCUUCGGACACUUACGCAGACCUUGAGAAACAUUAUCCUGGCGACUCGUGGAGUGAACCGGGCGAGAAUGUCUACGGCUGCGUCAAGCAAAUGUACCUUCUGAAGAAGAGGAACAGGAAUAUGAAAUUCCCACCAGUCGCCGCCACUGAGGAAGGACGACGAAGGUUUGCUUCUUCCGCCGUGAAGCUUGUACAAGAUUGGGGCUUCGAUGGCCUCGAUAUCGAUUGGGAAUAUCCGACAAAUGCACGCGAGGCACAAGACUUUGUCCUCCUUCUCCGGGCCUGCCGACAAGCCCUUGAUGACUAUGCCCGGCAAUACGCCCCUGGCUAUCACUUCCUCAUCACCAUCGCCGCACCCGCCGGACCUCAGCACUACGGCGUCAUGGACCUUCCCGGCAUGAACCCGUACAUUGACUCCUGGCAUCUGAUGGCGUACGACUACACCGGCUCGUGGGAUUCCACCACGGGCCACCAGGCCAACCUCCUCCCCAGUCCCAAGAAUCUUCUCACAACCAGAUUUAACACCGAUCAAGCCGUCCGCGACUUCGUCCGCCGCGGCAUCCCAGCCAACAAGAUUGUUCUCGGCCUGCCACUAUACGGCCGCUCGUUCGAAGACACUGACGGACUGGGUAAGCCGUACAGUGGCAUCGGCGCCGGCACGUUGGAGCCAGGGACCUGGGUUUACAGAGACCUUCCACGCCCCGGAGCGAAGGAGGAGUACGACAAUCUGGCCAAGGCCACUUAUAGCUACGACGCAUCGUCGCGCGAGCUCAUUACGUAUGACAAUGUCCUGAGCGCUCUGGUGAAGACGAAGUACAUCUUCCUUAGGGGACUGGGUGGUGCGGUGUUCUGGGAGGCAAGCGGUGACAAGGCUGGUGCGAAGAGCUUGAUUGGAACGUUGGCGACUCAGAUGAAGAGGCUGGAUCAGACGAAGAAUCUGUUGGCGUAUCCCGCUAGUAGGUAUGCUAAUAUUCGGGCUGGUGUGCCAGAAUCCUGA